AUGGCAACCGUUGCUGCUAGUUCGUCAUCGGGCGUUAACUCGAUUCUGCCUACUGUUGAUUUGAACUUCAAGUAUGCUGAAAUAAGAUCCCAAAUCAAGGAUUUCUUGUUACACUACAAGUCUGCCUCUCUGGUUCAGCCCGACGAUGGUGUCUAUGAUUAUCAAAUUGACGAGCUCCAAGUCGAGGAAGACGAAAUUGGUCAUGGUCCUAAGUACGUCACUUUGCUCCAGAAGAUCGCAAAUAGAGAAAUCACCACGCUGUACAUCGACCUUGACGAUAUCAAGUUAUACGAAGACACCCAGAACUUGACGCAAAACAUGUCUCAACCGUCUGCGCACGGACUUGCCGAGCUAAUUGUCAACAAUACCUACCACUAUGUCGAGUUGUUCUCUCAAGUUGUGGACGAAAUCAUGCCUGACCCUACAGUUAACAUCUCCCAUAAAGACGACGUGCUGGAUGUGAUUAUCCACCAGAGAAAACUCAGAAAUGCGCGAAUCGAAAACGAGCACCGUGAGGAGCUUGCCGAGACCCAGUUGGGCGAGGACUCCGAGGACUUGAGAAAUGUUGAGACUCCAAACUUGUUUCCACCCCAAUUGACCAGACGGUACUUCAUCUACUUCCGACCACUUACCGUGAGCGCAAAGGGAGGAAAAGCCCUCGCCGUGCGAGACGUGAAAGGCUCCUGCUUGGGAAAGCUGAUCACUGUGAGAGGAAUCGUCACCAGAGUGAGCGAUGUCAAGCCAACCGUGAAAGUCACCGCAUAUACUUGUGAUACGUGUGGAUUUGAGAUUUUCCAAGAAGUCAACACCAGAACCUUUACUCCUUUGACUGAGUGCACUUCCGAAAGAUGUAUGAGCAACCAGCAUCGCGGAAAACUGUUCCCAAGUACCAGAGCCUCGAAGUUCUCUGCUUUCCAGGACGUCAAGAUCCAAGAACUUGCAAACCAGGUUCCUGUCGGUCAUAUUCCAAGAACACUUACCAUCCACGUUAACGGAGACCUUGUGCGGUCUAUGAACCCAGGAGACAUUGUUGAUGUUGCCGGAAUUUUCUUGCCUGCCCCAUACACUGGUUUCCGUGCUCUGAGAGCCGGAUUGUUGACAGAGACAUAUCUAGAAGCACAGUUUAUCAAGCAGCACAAACGGAAGUAUGAGUCGCUUGGCUUGACUCCCGAGGUCGAAAAGAAGAUCAUGGACAUCACUGCGGAGGGUAACGUUUACGAGAGACUCGCCAACUCGAUUGCUCCAGAAAUCUUUGGCCAUACAGACAUCAAGAAAGCUCUCUUGCUGCUUCUUGUUGGGGCUUCUCCAAAGGAGAUGGGCGACGGAAUGAGAAUUAGAGGUGAUAUCAACGUGUUGCUGAUGGGAGAUCCCGGAGUCGCCAAGUCGCAGCUGCUCAAGUCCAUCUCUACCAUCGCUCCAAGAGGUGUGUACACUACCGGUAAAGGUUCUUCUGGAGUCGGAUUGACUGCAGCCGUGAUGAGAGACCCAAUCACCGACGAGAUGGUUCUGGAAGGAGGUGCCUUGGUGCUGGCCGACAAUGGUAUCUGCUGUAUUGAUGAGUUCGACAAGAUGGAGGAGUCUGACCGGACUGCUAUUCACGAAGUGAUGGAGCAGCAGACGAUUUCUAUCUCCAAGGCUGGAAUCACCACCACCCUGAACGCCAGGGCAUCGAUUUUGGCAGCUGCUAACCCGCUUUACGGAAGAUACAACACCAAGAUGUCGCCAAACGAAAAUAUCAAUCUUCCAGCUGCUCUUUUGUCGAGAUUUGACGUGCUCUUUUUGAUUUUGGACCGUCCAAGCAGAGAAGAUGACGAGAGACUGGCCGAGCACGUUGCUUACGUGCACAUGCACAACAAGCCGCCUGAGUUAAGCAUCGAGCCAAUCGACUCGGCCACCAUGAGACAGUUCAUCUCAAUGGCCAGAAGACACAGACCGGUCAUCACCAGAGAAGUGAGCGACUACGUUGUUCAAGCCUACAUCAAGAUGCGGAAGGAGAGCAAGAUAAACGAGCACUCUAAGAAAUACUUCAGUCACACAACUCCAAGAACGCUGCUGGCAGUGCUUAGACUCUCUCUUGCUCUUGCUAGAGUGAGGUUCAGUGAUGAGGUUCUUCUACAAGAUGUUGACGAAGCACUGAGACUGAUGAACGCUGCCAAACAGUCUCUUUACCAGGACGAAGCCGCCGAGCUCGAGGAAACGCCGACCGCCAAAAUCUUCAACCUCAUCAAGGAGAAGAUCCACCAGUACAUUGCUACCAAUGGCACGCAGCUGGUGCCAAUGUCGAUGUUGAGAGAUGCGUGUCUCGGAAAAGGAUUUACAGAGAACCUGUUCAACGAAUGUAUUUACCGCUACCAGGCGUUGUCUGUGUGGCAGGUCGUUGACGAAGGAGAGAACUUGGCUAUUAUUGGUAACUUUGAUGACCAGGAUAUCGAUAUGUUUUAG